AAUCCCAUCAUCCCGGGGUUCGCUCCCGAUCCAACCAUAGUCGUCCACAAUGGCAUUUACAUCCUCGUCAACUCUUCAUUCCACGUUUUCCCUGGGUUGCCUAUCUACACUUCUACAAACCUCGUGGAUUGGGAGUUGAAAGGUCAUGCCCUAUGCCGAACCACGCAGCUGUCUCUAUCCAACGCCUUCACCAAAUUCAUCCCUCUGCCUCAUGGCAUCCCACUCAUAAUCACCGGCGGUCUGUUUGCGCCAACACUCCGCCAUUUCAAAAACAAGUUUUAUCUUGUGUGUACAUAUGCCUGGGAGAAACCCGAUGGAACACACGAGUUCCAGAACUUCCUGCUUAGCUGUCACGAAGAUUUGAUAUUCUCAGAGGACGGCUGGUCAGACGCGGUACCGUUCGAGUUUCCGGGUAUUGAUCCUGGAUUAUUCUUUGAUGAGACAUCCGGAAGGGCAUAUCUUCAUGGCUCUUACCGAACGGGGCCUCCAUGGGCACCAGAUUGCUCGAUUCGCCAGUUCGAAAUCGACGUUGAGACCGGCGCAGCCUUGUCAGAUACGAAAUUUCUCUGGAAGGGUGCCGCUGGAAAAGAUGAUGCUGAAGGGCCGCACAUUUACUUCAAAGAUGGCUGGUACUAUCUGUUGACCGCCGAAUCUUCGACCUUUGAGGGUCACCAAAUCAACAUGGCGAGGUCCAAAGAUAUUUGGGGAUCUUACGAGGGCUGUCAGAACAACCCUUUAUUGACUGCAUUCGAGAAAGACGAAGCCGUUCGUUGGACUGGCCAUGGUGAUCUGUUCCAAGACACUAGGGGACAUUGGUUCUGCGUUCACCUAGGAAUACGACACGAUGAGGACAAUAUUCAACGCCAUCCACUAGGCCGCGAAACCUUUCUCACUUGGGUUGACUGGCUUGAGGAUGCAUGGCCCAGAAUUUCUCAGACAAAGCUGAGCCUAGAUCUUGACCUCGAAGAUGGACCGAACGCGGGACUGCACGAUGUCUUCAAGGAUAUCAAUCAGCAAGUUGAAGAUCUCUACAUCCGCACUCCCAUUCCUCAAAACUACUCAUAUUCUGCCACAAACAAUACCUAUUCUUUGUGCGCCCAGACCUCAACCCUAGCUAGCCCAUCUGGCACAUCCACGUUCGUUGGCCGCAGGCAAAGAUCUCACUUAGGAUCAGCUUCAACCACGGUACCUCUGUCUUCCAGAGGGUCUCAAGUUUUACCGCUGGUCGGUUUAACAGUAUACAAGGAUAGCUUGCGGCAUGCAGUCAUCCAAAUCGAU